GAGAGAGAGAGAGAGAGAAAGCAAGAGCAUGAGAGUGAGAGCGAGAGGAGUGAGGGAACACUGACAGAGAACCUCAGGACAGAACCGUAGUUCUUGACUGAUAAAAGAACUGAAUUAACACCAAGACGGUUUCAACUUUACUUUUUCUUGAAAAAAGAUCGGAUUGCUUAUUUCACUUCCUUUUUUCGAAUUAUUGCCUGCUCUGCUCAUUAUUCUUCCCAAGCCCCACAGUCACAGACGAUAAAGGCACAGAAAGAAGAUCCACCGAAAAUUAGAAGAUGAACAACACCUUGUCCAACACCUCCAUCAAGUGUGUUCGGGAUACCAGUGUGACAGCGGUGGUUUUCCCCUGCUUGUACAGUAUCCUCUUCAUAUUUGCUCUGAUUCUGAAUUCCCUGGCUGCAUGGAUCUUCUUCAGCAUCCCCAGCACCUCGACAUUUGUGGUCUUUCUAAAAAAUGUGGUGGUGGCCGACCUGCUGAUGACUCUGACCAUCCCUGUGAGAGUCCUAAGUGAUGCAGGUGUGGGCUCCUGGCAACUACGCGCCUUCUACUGCCGAUACUCUGCCGUGCUCUUCUACAUCACCAUGUACAUCAGCAUUCUCUUGCUGGGCCUCAUUAGCCUGGACCGCUACCUGAAGAUCGUCAAGCCCUUUGGGAAGUGCGCUCUGCAGCGCGUCCGUGUUGGUCAGGUGUUGAGCGCGACUGUUUGGGUGGUCAUGUUGUUCUUGGCGCUUCCCAAUGUUAUUCUGAGUGACCAACCGCCAAAAUUCUCCGGGGGCAGACUGAAGUGCACCUCCAUGAAGAGCAAAGUGGGCUUGCAGUGGCAUGAAGGAUUCAACUACUUCUGUCAGGUUGUGUUCUGGGGCACUCUUGCCCUGAUGGUGGUUUGCUACACAUUCAUCAGCAAGAAAGUUUAUGAGUCAUACAAAGCGUCAAAGAGCAGGUCUCAGGCAGCCAGUCGCAGAACCAAGGCAAAGGUGUUUGUGGUGGUGGGAGUGUUUUUUAUCUGCUUUGCCCCUUUCCAUUUUGCCCGCGUUCCCUACACUCUGACCCAGACCCGGAGCACGACAAGUCACUGUUGGGCACAAAACGCCCUCUACGUCGCCAAGGAAACAACCCUGUGGCUGUCGGCCACCAAUGUAUGCCUGGACCCGCUUAUUUACGUCUUCCUGUGCAAGGUAUUCAGGAAAAGACUGACGGCCACACUCAGACGUAAGCGAAUGCCUGCUGCCAUGGAAUCUCCAACGGGAACAUCAACCCAAGUAGAGAUGUCACAAAUACCUCACAGUAACAAACUGUCAUAUAACGACAAUCCGUGACAAACUGGACAAUGAGCAAUGGGACGCAGUUAAUAACUAUAAUGAUCAAGACGAAUUGGUACAAUGUCAAAGAGCUGUAUUUGUAAAUACCCAUUACCUUAACAGCAAAGGCUGUAAAAAUUGAAUGUACGUUGUGUUGUGAAAAGCUGAUGAAUGGACAAUGUAGUGAAAAAGGAAAAAAAGUAACUGCUGUGAUCAUUAAGUUUUAUGCAGUGGUGGCACAGUGCUAAACAAACACAUCUCUCCUUCUGUUUGCCAAGUCAUCUAACGCACUUCCGUAAUUUUGCUUACUGUCACUUUAUACUUCCUGCUGUCUAAUCUCAUUCAAACUGCACUUUCCCCUCACAAAACAUUGGAUAAAGACUAUGCAUCCUGACAGAGUAAACACUUAUCAAGUGAGCAGGGACUGAAUGAUGUGGGUAGUGUGAAACAAAGGCCUGCAACAGGCACUGCUUACACCAACUUAAAAGCUAAUUAUAAUAAUAUGAUUUUUUUUCUUUCCUUAUAAGAGUUGCACAGUGUUCACUAUUAUGGUGAUAUUUUGAUUUUCAAAAAAGUGCAUACAAGAAUAAUUAUCAGGUCAACUCAAAGAGUGAGGAUUUAUAAGACAAAGACAUGGGAGAAAAUAUAAUUAGACUGAUAUGUAUGCGGAACUGAGGACCACUAAAACUGAUGCAUACGAUUUUGAGUCUGACCAAUAUAGAUAUUUUUGACAACAGUUAGUGGUUAAGACAUUUGAAGUCGUGUACGCGACACUGUUGGCACGCGAGGGACAGUGUCAGCCGUUAGUGGUGAGAACGCCACUGCCAUCUAUCACAACAUGCGAGAAGGGGUCUUGCCCAACACUUCCACUUUCUAGGUCAUAUAAAAACCACAAGAAGAGGCUGUGCAAAUGGAAUUUUCAUCAAUAAGACAUCUAAACAUUCCCUUUUUUGACAGAUCUAAAUGCCUGCCAUGACAAACACCGCCACAGAGUCAUAAGAACAUGCAAUUUUUCUGAGCAAUGAAACGACUUAAGGCAUGAUUACAGAAGUCUUAAAAGUAGACAGUCCUAUUUAACAAAUGAGACGUGAGAAUUGUUGUUGGUUAUUUAUGAUGAGGAAAAUCUAAUCCGGUAUCUGUGAGCGGACAAGUUAUGUGAACCUCCAGGAUUAGCAGUGGAAGGUGAAAAUAGACCAACUCUUAAAGAGUGUCAUUUUAUUUUAAGAACGGUUUCAAAAUAUACAAGACAGAUUUGUUAAAAUUGGCCCAGGGCCAGAACACUUGUCUUUCAGUUUCAUUAAAGGCAUUUAUUUUGAAGGACUUUGUUAUUUACAAGUAGUGCUGUUUGCGAUUGUUUAGGGUUAGGGUUUUUUUUUUUUUUUUUGCUAUGUGGAUAAUUUUUUUCUAAGCAAAGCAAGUACAUGUAUUUAUCCUGUGUAAAGUUAUUGCUUAAAUUGUUAAUAACAGCAACUUAACCGUGACCACUGAAAAACUGGAUCCGAUGCUUGGAUCGAAAUAGAUUAAUGAGACCAAAAUAGAGACGCGUUUUCUAUGGAGUUAAAAAAAAAUGAAAUCCGGUUUUCUAUCUGUGAAACACGGUAGUAUAAGUAUUAUGUGCUGGAACUCGGUCAAAAAAUUCUGCAUUAUACCAGACAAUGUUAUCGUUCUAAUAUCAAGCAAAAGUAGGUCAUGUGGGAUGGCUACAGUCUAACAGACUUGAUGUGGAAGUACCUGAGGUUAGCAAGAAACCCACCAACAUUUCAUAGUUGCAUAUGGUACAAGCAGUGCCAUAGGACAACGGUUGCCACAAAGUUGCUGCAUAAGAGGGUCACACGCGAUACUGAAAGGAAAUGUUUACACUUUGCCAGUCAGUGACGCAGUAUUGCUUAAUGUCACAGUUUUUAUUAGCACCAUGUUGGCGUCAUGUUGGCGUACUCUUAAGACAAAGAGCUGAUGGUGUUCUAAAUGCACUGUAAGAUACCGAAUUACCGAAGGAAUGUGAGAAUGAUGAUUAACUAAAAUGUGUGAUGUUUAUGUUUCAUUUUCUUAUGGUACUGGAGAGAAUUACAGAUAUUUCAAGGCUCUCAAUGAUACUGCCUAGUUUAUUUCAGACAGCUGACUUCCUGUGAGAGCUGUAGUUUCGUUAUAAUUGUAUCUAUAGUGUGACAACAAAAAUGUCACAUUAUCUUCUGUAAUGAUCAUAAAACACAACCGCAUAUCUUUAUGGACUGCUGCAGAGCUCACGAAGAACAGGCUAUAAUAAAUACAAGGUAGCAAGUAAUCAUUAAAUACAUGCUUACUGAUCUCUUUUUUAUUUAUUUUCUUUCCUUAUGUAUCACUUUGAACCUUUACGUAUUAGUUGCAUAAAUGUUAUUUAUGUGUAUAGUAUAUUGUGUUUGUGAAAUACAAGUAGUUAGACUGAG